GACAGGUAGACAGGGUGGAUGCAUUCAGGUCUUCUGAUAUCUGACUCAGAAUGAAGACCCUCCUCAUCUUCACCCUCUUCCUGAUUUCAGUAGGUGGUGGAGAAUCAGGGAGAGUGAUGGGAUAUUCAGGAGGAGGAGUCCUCAUCAAGUGUAGAUAUGAGACACAAUACACAUCAAACCCAAAGUACCUCUGUGAGGCUCCAUGGCCCUGCAUGACGAAGCCAAUUUGGACAGACGCCAAAAAUGAGUGGAUAAACAGAGGAAGAUUCUCACUGUUUGACGACACCAGAGCUGCACAGUUCUGGGUGGUCAUCAGGGAGCUCACUGUAGAGGAUUCUGGAACGUACAACUGUGCAGUUGAUAAAGAUUUGGCCAUUGACGUCUACACGCCAGUGGAACUGAAGGUAGAGGAAGUUCAUCAAUACAUGAAGAGCAUCAGUGUGACUGGCCAUGUUGGAGGAGGUGUGAACAUCAGCUGCAAAUACCCACAGUCCCACAGCAGUAACCCCAAGUUCCUCUGUAGGAGAGUGGGCACUCCUGACUGUAGUUAUGAAACAUCAGUUAAAGAGAGCAGAAGAUGGAGAAAUGAGGGGAAACUCUCUCUGCAUGAUGACAGAGCAAAGCAGAUCUUCACUGUGAUCAUCAACAGUCUGACUGAGGGAGACUCUGGUGAAUACUGGUGUGGAGCUGAAUCAGACUGGACAUCUGACCAUGGAUACAAGGUGUAUAUCACCCAGGUCAACCUCAGAGUUACUGAAGAAGAACCUCCAUCAAAAAUAUCAUCUUCAUCACCAUCCAGCACAAUUCCACAGAGCACAAAAGCAACCGCAUCUCCAACCUCUAUAUCCACUGGCAACUCCUCAUCAGAGAUAAAUUCAUCAAAUGAGUUCCCAGCUUCCUCUGUGAUCAGUAUUGUUUGUGUGAUUCUGCUGGUGUUUCUGAUUGGACUCAUAUUCAUGAUUGUUGCUGUACGAAAAAGACUCAGGCCUCAAGAUGUAGAUUCAACCCCAACCCAAGGCUCCUCAAACUACACGGAUCUCGUUGCUGUCUAUUCUAAUGUGGAAGAGACAGGAAAUCUUCCUGACUCAGAGGCUAGAGUUUCCACAGUCUACUCUUCUCUCAGUUCACCUACAAACCCCUCUGAUUCUUCUCAACAUAUAUAUGACAAUGUCUAGUAACCCGUAAGCCCCUAUGGGUUUUCAGACCCUGUUUAUUCUCACACUCAGUAACCAUCUAGCUCUUUUGAUAAGGACGUCUACUCCACAUGUCCAGGAGUGAUUUUAGUGCACAGGCUGAAAUCCAGGAGCCCUGAGUGAUUCAGCUUUUAAUGAGAUUUAUAUUUUCACACAUCCAAACACAAACACUGAUGAUUCUGGUUUUAUAUGUUAUUCAUAUCUGUGGCUGCUGAUUGGCCAGUUUUAUUCUGAAUAUCAGCUCUGAUGGGGAUCGGCGGCUCUAUCAGACGCAGAAGAAGCAGCUCAGAAGAGCAGAAGUUCAUGACUUCGAUUCUGUCCAACAUGUUGGUGGAAGUGACUAGAGUAGCAAGUUGUUAUUUUUACCAUUUUUCUACUAAAAAAACUGUAAAUGUUCCCUUUCUUUCCCAGAUCUUUAACUCUGGAGCUGUGUGAAUAUAUGCACUGAUUGUUCUGGGAAAUAUGGUCACUUUGAAACUUGAUUUACAUUAAGUUGAUAUUGGACUGAAAAAUGAUUUAAUGUUUACAGGAAGGAUGUAACAUAUAUCCUUUGUUUGAAUUGAUAAUUAAGUGUAUGACUGUCUCUGGUUACCCAUAUUUAGCCUAUUGAGUGCAUUUUCAGUAUUUUUCCUGGACAAAGAAACAUUGUAUUACAUUUUUUUUUUGUAUUACAGUUUUUUUCAUUUUCAUUUUUUUGUGAGCUGUAAUUGCUGUAAUAUAGUCUGUUAAGCUGCUUGGAGUUGUGAUUGUGUUGUGCUGUGUGACUGUAGUGCUGAACCAAAUCCAUGAAAGCCUAUUGUACAAUAUUUCUUAAAAAGAGUCAAUAAAAGUUGCACCCUGUGUUA